UCAUCUUGUCAUUUUGUGUUUUAAAAAAAAGUUAGUGAACAAAAAUGGUGGUCACAAGUUUAAGAAUUGAAACAAUAUAAAAAUGAAAUGAUAACCUAGUGUAAUGUGUAUGUAAUUGAAGUAUAAUAAUUAUAAUGUCUACUCCAGUGUCGAAUCGUAAAUAUGGAGCCCAAAAAAUUCGACUUACAAUACUGUGCGCAAGGAAUUUAGUGCGGAGGGACUUAUUUCGACUACCAGAUCCAUUUGCAAAAAUAUCUGUGGACGGCAGUGGCCAAGUGUACUCUACAAAUGCUGUGAAAGCAACUCUCGACCCAAAGUGGAAUACACAUUAUGAUCUUUAUUUAACAAAGGGUGAUGGUAUUACAAUUAGUGUAUGGAAUCAGCGUAAAGUUCACAAACGCCAGGGUUCUGGUUUCCUUGGUUGUGUUCGGAUUCAGCCAUCGACUGUGCACAAAUUAAAAGAUACUGGAUAUCAAUGCCUCGAACUUUGCGAAGACAGUUCUGGAGAGACAUGUGGGGUUCGUGGUCAGGUCAUAGUAUCCCUCUUGUCUCGAGAUGGCGCCCGAGGGGAACCGGCAUCUGCGGCCGGAGAAGGAUCGCCACUCGCUGUAGUGGGCCCUGCCGGUGAAGUACGGACCCCGAGGGACCCUCCUGUGAACUCCAAUGUGGCAAACUUACCAUUGCCACAACAUUGGGAGGAGAGGAGGUGCAGCAAUAGUGGAAGGAUAUACUACGUGAACCACGCUCUCCGGCAGACGCAAUGGGAGCGACCGGUGGAGUCUCAACCCGCGUCGCCGCCGCCAACCACACCCCCCACCACCCCCGCCCCCUCCCCUGCACCUACCAGCCCCGUCACACCCCUAUCACCCGCCUCCCCUACCUCCCCCGUCACGCCCACUUCACCCGCUUCACCAGUGUCUGAGAACGAUGUUAGCCAUGCUGCUUCUAUAUCAUUAAGACCCGAGCCUCAGCCACAGACUGCAGCAAGAACUCGACAGCCGAGCACCCCAUCCUCGCCUUCCACUGUGACGCCCGUAGUCGUAGCAGCAACUGAUCUACCGCCUGGAUAUGAAAUGCGAACAACGGCCCAAGGACAAGUUUACUUCUACAACAGUGUAACGGGCGCAUCAACAUGGCACGACCCACGUGUGCCACAACACUUGCGUCACUGUGCAGCUGCGGCCGGCCCGCUGCCCCCUGGCUGGGAGAUGAGACAUGCACCCUCCGGCCGACCAUACUUCGUGGACCACAACAACCGCACUACGCAGUUUACUGACCCCCGUUUAGCUUUGUCAGCUCGACUGACACCGCCAUUAGACGCAGUUCCCCCAGUACCUGCCACUCCCCCCACCGCCGCCCCGGCGUCGCCCCCCGCGUCCAUCGAACCGCCCGACGCCGACGCUCUGCCGAAAUACAAACGAGACUUGGCCGCCAAAGCGAGGGUCCUACGUGCAGAGUUACAGGCUUUGCAACCGCAGACUGGCCACUGUCGAAUCGAGGUAUCACGUAACGAAGUACUGGAAGAAUCGUACCGGCUCGUGAUGAAGCUACGGGGCAAGGAGCUGCGCAAACGAUUGCUCGUCAAAUUCCGCGGCGAAGAGGGGCUGGACUAUGGCGGCGUUGCGAGAGAGUGGUUGCAUUUACUGGGAAGAGAGCUGUUCAAUCCGCACUAUGGACUAUUCCAGUAUGCGAAUGCUGGGGACGAUAGAUAUGCGUUACAGAUUAAUGCGGACUCAGGGGUGAACCCUGAGCAUCUGUCGUACUUCCACUUCGCGGGGCGUAUCUUGGGAGUAGCGUUGUUUCACGGACAUCAGCUGGACGCCGCGUUCACUGCGCCCUUCUACAAGCAGCUGUUAGGAAGACCAAUCACGUUGAGAGACAUAAGGGAUGUUGAUCCAGAACUGCAUCGGUCACUGUCUUGGAUGCUGGAUAACAGCAUAGCCGGUGUAAUAGACACAACAUUCUCUGUCGAGUGUUCAUCGUUCGGUGCAGUGCGGAGCGUGGAACUGAGGCCUGGCGGGACUAACGAGACAGUUACUGAUACAAAUAAGCGUGAUUAUGUGAGACUGUACGUAGCACACCGAUUCACUAGAGGCGCUGAGCGUCAAUGGCUCGCUUUACAACGCGGCCUUGCAGACAUCAUUCCACCACAACUCCUCAGGCCGCUUUCCCCGAGAGACCUUCAACCGUUACUAGCAGGAAGAGCGGACCUCGACCCGGCCGAUUGGCGCCGGCACACGCGGCUCAAACACGUCAACCCAGACGCUCCAAUAGUGGGCUGGUUCUGGGAAAUAGUCGAAGAGUUCGACGCUGAAAUGCGAGCGAGACUUCUACAAUUCGUUACAGGGUCUAGACGCGUCCCGCUCGCAGGAUUCCGCGCUUUACAAGGCUCCACAGGCGCUGCCGCUCCUAGACUAUUCACGUUGCACUUAGUAGCCGACGCCUCCCCUGAUUCCCUUCCAAAAGCACACACCUGCUUCAAUCGUCUCGAUCUUCCCCCUUAUCCGAGCAAAGAAAGGCUGCAUGACAAACUUAAACAGGCAGUCCUGGAAACCGCUGGGUUUGCCGUUGAAUGAUAUUACUACCAUUUUUAAUUGUGUUCGAUUUUCGUGUUCUACGUUGUAUGUAGCUAUAUUAUUUAAAGGCUGUAGUGUUUUUUUACUACAGCUGUACCAAUCGGAUGGUGUUGCACUAUGAAUACCAUAUCGCGAUUCUGGUAUUGCAAGAUUUCAAGUACAUACGGGGCUCGAUUGCAGUAGAGUGAUAGCGACAAUGUCACGAUCGCAAUCACCUCAGAUUGGUUGAUGCUCGCUCACUAUUCGUUACAAUGCAUUGUUGCAACAAGAAUACCAUAAAUUCAGCCAAUCACGACAGUAUUUCCUCAAUACAGGAUCGCGAUAUUGCGUGUCGCGUGAUAAUUCCAAUAGGUCCCAUUGAUUUUAAUGGGAGGUGUAAGUGGAACAUAAGCAAUUUUUGAGACUGACAGAAAUGAGAAACAAAACGACAUGACAGAAUAGAUAUGCUAUUUAGGAAAUGUAACUUCGAAAUCAAAUUAUUACGCAUAGCUAUUUUACAAGUUUUAUAUUGAAUAGAUGAUCUAUUUCUUCAUUUAUGUUGAGUAGUUACUGCAUAGAGAUGUAUAUAAAAGAGGUGUACUUCCAUUAUUUUAACGUUUAAUAUACUUGUUAUAAUAUUGCUUAUCUGUAUUGUGAGGUAUUACAAAAUAAAUUAUCUAAUUGUGUUUAAACAAUAGGUAUUUAAAAAUGUAUUAUCCAUAUUUGCACCUACAUAACAUUAUUUGUGUGGCACAACUCUUUCGUACUAAAAAGAUAAAGUAUAAAUUAUUAUUAAUAUGCUCAAAAGUUUGUACGAUUUCCAUGAUAUCUUAGUUUUAAGAUCUGUAAUCAAAAAAAAAACAUUGUUUUACAUAGAGUAAAAAUCAUUGUUUUACGUAGAGUCAUUGCUCGAUAUUUUGGCGGGAGGGAGGGAAAAUGAUUUUAUUUUAAAGGGAUGAACCAAAGAUUCUGACGAAUUAAGAACCACCUCCUUUUUGAAUUCGGUUAAAAAUAAAGGUAUUUUAUACUUUUAAACUAAAAUCAUUUUCUAAAUCACCACAAUUAAAUAAAAAUCAAAUAGUUGUAUCCUUAUAAGAAUAGUUAGAAUUCAUAUGGCCAACGAUUCAUAAUAAUUUUGUAAUGAUACUUGCUGAAUUAAGUUUCAUUAUUAAUCAUCACUUGUGCUUUUUAUGUGUAUGUAAAGGUUUGAAGGUUGAUUGUGAUUGCAUUUUUAUUAAAACACUUAUAAUAUUUACAACAAAACUGGUUGCACAUCGCACAAUAAAUUAUUUUGCAACAUUUUGUGUAUUUUGUGUAUGAUUUCAGUACAAAAUCACAAGAGAUGUGUUCGCCUGAUAUUAAACUGAUUUGAAUUUUAUAUUCUUUCAAUUCUUUAUUUGCAUAAAUGUGGGUAUGUGUGCAUAGAGAUAUUACACAGUUUUGGUAAUUAAUUGGAUUUGAUUUAUUAGGUAAUUGCUCAUAAGGUGCCUUAUUAUUUGAAAUAACAGGAAUUAUAUUAUUCAUGUAUAUAAAUGUAAACGCUUUUAUGAUCUAACUGAUGAAUUAUUCAUAAAUAAUUAUUAUUUAAUUGCAUUAACAUUAUACAAUAUUUUAAAAAUAUGUCAUAAUUAUACAAUUGUAACAUAAUUGUAAUUUUAAGAGGUGAUUGAUGAUGCAAGUUAAAAUACAAUAUUUAUAACAAGGAAGAGUGCCUUUUACCUUUUAAAUAACAAUAUAGUAAUAGCUUUAGAAAUGUAUGACUGUUAGCUAUGUAGAAUGAUUAACGGUAAUAAACUAUAAUAUUUUUGCACAUUUA